AUGGAGAUGGCAAGUUCCUCUGGCUCCCGGCUCCCCAGCUGCCUGAUUACUCUUGUCUUCCUCCAGCUGCCCGUGCACGCGUCAGGGGACGCCAGCAAGUUCCACGUAGCCCCGCUAGGGGGCACAGCCGAGCUGCUCUGCCCGGUCUCCCUCUGGGGGGUCACGGCGACCCCCGCCGUGACGUGGCUGCGGUCCGCGCCCCCGGGGCGCUCCCAGGCUGUUCACUUGUCCCGGGAUGGGCAAGACCGGGAGGAAGAUGUGAUGCCGCAGUAUCAGGGGAGGACGGCGCUGGUGAGAGACGCCCAGGAGGGAAGUGUCACUCUGGAGAUCCGCGAUGUCCGGCUGGAGGACCGAGGGCCCUACCGAUGUCAGGUCCAGAUCGGAAACCUGAGUCGAGAGGGCACCGUGACCUUGCAGGUUGCAGUUCUAGGGUCGGACCCUUACAUCCACGUGAAGGGCUUCGACGCUGGAUGGAUCCAGCUGGUGUGCAGGACGGUGGGAUGGUUCCCAAAGCCUUGGGCCCAGUGGAGAGACCCUGAAGGCAGAGUGCUUCCAUCCCUGUCGGAGGCCCAUUCCCUGGACGAAGCCGGGCUCUUCGCAACAGCGGUGUCCAGCGCAGUCACGGACAGCACCCUGGGGAAUGUGUCCUGCACCAUCCGCAACGUGGCCCUGCGCCAAGAGAAGACCACAGCCAUGGUCAUAGCAGCCCCAUCUCCAGGGAAGAUCUCCUCCUCAGCAGUGGCUCUUGCUGUGAUCCUGCCUGUUCUGGGGCUUCUCAUCAUGGUGGGCAUUUGCCUCAUCUGGAAACAAAGAAGAUCAAAAGAGAAGCUUCUCUAUGAACAGGUGGUGGAGGUGGAAAAUCUUCUCUCAGACCACGCAAAAGAAAAAGGAAGCCUCCAUAGAGCCCUCAAGAAACUCCGGAAGGAACUGAAGUUGAAAAGAGCUGCAGCAAAUUCAGGCUGGAGAAGGGCCCGCCUGCACUUUGUGGCGGUGACCCUGGACCCAGACACAGCGCAUCCUAAACUCAUCCUGUCUGAUGACCGGAGAUGUGUGAAGCUUGGAGACAGGAGGCAGCCUGUGCCCGAGAGCCCCCAGAGAUUUGAUUUUGUCGUCAGCGUCCUAGGCUCUGAGUACUUCACGGCUGGCUGUCACUACUGGGAGGUGUACGUGGGAGACAAGACCAAGUGGAUCCUGGGGGUGUGUAGUGAGUCAGUGAGCAGGAAGGGGAAGGUGACUGCCUCGCCUGCCAAUGGACACUGGCUUGUGCGACAGAGUCGCAGGAAUGAGUACGAAGCUCUCACAUCCCCGCAGACCUCCUUCCGCCUGAAAGAGUCCCCAAGGUGUGUGGGGGUUUUCCUGGACUAUGAAGCAGGAGUCAUCUCCUUCUACAAUGUGACUGACAAAUCCCACAUCUUUACUUUCACUCACACUUUCUCUGGCCCCCUUCAUCCUUUCUUUGAACCUUGUCUUCAUGAUGAAGGGAAAAACACGGCACCUCUAAUCAUCUGUUCAGAACUCCAGGAAUUGGAGGAAUCAACUGUCCCCAAGCCAGAAGAGAAAGGUCACGCCAAUGGAGAUGUGGCCCUGAGGGUGGACCCUUCCUUACUGCCCCCUCAGACACCGGAGCUUUUGCCGCUCAGGGAUCUGAUCCUGCCCUGGCCUUCUGACCUUGGCCCAGCCCUCCAGGGGCUCAAUGCUCCUUCUUUUUAGGGAUGUGCCCCAUUACUCGCUCCCCUGACCGUCUAGCC